GAGCCGAGUAAAACGCACGGCAGGUGCCGGCGCUCUUAUCUCUCGUAUUCGCGAGCUCGGGAGACGUAGGACUUCGCGUCCGUCUGUUUUUUUUUGUUGUUGUUGUUCUUCUUCUUCUUGCUCAGAGAGGAGGAGGAUUCGACAUUCCCGGUGAAAGGAAGCGUGACUGUCUGAAUACGGGACACACGGCUGAGAAGGCACUGAGGCUGCGCUGUGACACGCGCGCGCCGUAUGGCUUAUCGCUCGUGUCUUACGUCCGAACGCAGGAACAAAUCUUGCGUUGAACGUUCCAAGCUGCGUCGAUUUUAAACGCCACCUCCUCGAUCGGAUUGCUUAAGUUUCACGGAUCUUUAUACGCGCACAUAGACCUGCCUUUUGGGAUUGACGGGCUCUGAUGUUUUUAAAGUGACGAGUUGCAGGAAGAGGAUAUCGAGGGGCAGUGUUUAAUCACCCCCACGCCAAAAUGGAUUGUAAAAAGGAAUGCUGAUUUGAAGAAAGAAUAUUUGGUUUAUUUCGAUAGGCUACGUGGUGGUCUUGUAGAAUACAAUUUAGCAAUAAAAAGCCAUUGUAUCCGACUCCAGUUCCUCUCGCCCAAUGUUGAAGUCAUUUUUGGACACCGAGCCUACCUACACAACUCUCUUAGAAGGCUUCGGAAACAGUUCGCCAGGUUAAAAGCAACACCGUCGCCUCGAGCCACCGUCGCGUGCGUGGCGUUUACGGAUGCUUGAUUCGCCGAUGCUCCUAUAAGUCCUCGCUAUCACGCACGUGAUCCCAUCCUAUUCUAACGUUCGUGAAGGGUGUUGAUGGAGAGCUUCUCGAAUGACCGCCGGGACAGUGGUAAUCACAGGGGGGAUUCUAGCUACAGUAAUCUUACUGUGCAUCAUCGCUGUAUUGUGCUACUGUAGGCUGCAGUACUACUGCUGUAAGAAGGAGGAGUCAGAGUCGGAGGAGGAGGAGCCUGACUUUGCCGUCACGUCUCGCCUGCCGCCUGUGCACUCCAAUCACAACAUCCUGGCGGCCACGGUUCCCACGCCCACCACCCCCAACGGGCCCGCCCUUUUCACGCCUCCCCCGGCCCGUAAGCUGACGCGCUCGCAGACGUUCUGCCCGUCCUGCACGCACUACGACAUGCCCUUUUACCUCCAGCAGCCGGACGGCAUGCUGAACGGCGGCGAGCGCCUGACCUACCGCGGCAUCCAGCAGCAGGAGCUGGAGAUACCCACGCCACUGCCCAGCUACCACAAACUCAACCUCAACCGCUCCGUCACCAUGAGGGAGAUGUUCACGCGAAGCUGCAGCAUAAGCACCGACGUCUAGCCUGCAGCGUGCACACCGGCACCCCCUGGAGCCCUGGAGGUUCCGCGUGUGGGCCAACACACUUUUCAUUUUUGUUCGAUUCAUGUGGAAGCGUGGCAGUAACACUGCACCCAAACUGUUAGCCCACACAACAACACAUUUUAUAUUGGGAGAUCUGUAUCUACAUCUAUUGUAUCUGCAUGGGUGAGACUAUGUUCAUUGAAUUGAGCGUAGUGUUACAUAAGAAAACCUGUUGGGUUUCUCUCAUUUUGAAAAGGUAAACUUUUUAAUGCUGCUAGGGUGUGAGAUGGAGGAUUGUGGAUAGAGCAACAGUCAACACAACCGUCCAUGAAAUUGCUUAGUCUCUGUCCCUCUCCCUUAGAUGUUUGCUCACUGACUGGUGUGCAGGUUGAUGAUAGUGAAAUGCACAAAGCACGUGUAUCCUGUUGUCAAAAACAGAAAAAAAUAAGAUGGCCUCGGAGAGGGUGACGUUCAUGUCCGAUCCAUUUGUGUUAGAGGCGAUAACCACCAGUCAGAGCGUGACUCUUCCUUUUGUACAUACUUGUAAGUUUUGUAUUGUCAGUGCUUUGCUUACUUAUGGUUGAUAUUUCUGCGGGAUUGUGUGGAUGAAAUGAUAGCAACCAGCAACCACCAGUCCAGUGUCAGGCACCAAAAAAAAACAUAAGCUGUAACUGAAAUCCCCAUAUGGGAUGCAAUAAAUGUAACAUAGAUGGUCAUGUAUUACAACAAAGUACACCUAAAGUAGUCAGAAGUAAAACGAUGUAGUCAAAUUCAUUUUUAAAGUCACACUUAAUGUGUUAUUACUGAGACAGGUAGUUGUUGUUUUUUUACCUUUAUGCUAUUAAAAUAUAUUCCUCCUGU